AUGAGAUUCUCAACGUCCAUUGUGCCAUUGGUUCUUGUGACUUCUGCUUUCAGUAGCCCUAUAAGUGUCGACUCGAUCGUCACCGAUAGGACCACUGAUAGUUUCGAGGAAGCGGUCUAUGAAAAUGGCCUAGACGCGAGACAGUCGGCCAGCCUCACUGCGAACGAGUUUACCAACGGUGGUUGUAAGAGCGUCGUGCUUAUCUUCGCGCGUGGUACUGCUCAACUCGGCAAUCUCGGUGCCACACCUGGGCUUCAACUGUAUAAUCAAAUCAAGUCUGCUCUCGGAGCAUCAACUAUUGCUGUUCAAGGUGUCAACUACGACGCAGAGACAGCGCAUGGUACCUUGCCAGAAGGCGUGGAUGCAACCGCAGCGGCGAACAUGGCGACACUGAUCAGGACCGUGGCCAAUACAUGCCCUAGUGCAAAGAUUCUGUUGUCGGGGUAUAGCCAAGGCGCAGCCAUGGUACAUGCGAGUGUGAAACGAUUAUCGACAACUGUCCAAGCGAGAAUCAAUGCCGCCGUAACGUUUGGUGAUACGCGUAAUGAGCAGGAUGGAGGCCAAAUUCCAGGAAUUUCAGCCGACAGAACUCUGAUCAUUUGUAACGACGGAGACUUGGUUUGUGACGGCACUUUGCAGAUUACAUCUGCGCAUUUGGCCUAUGGGUCGAGGGUCCCGGAGGCUGUUUCGUUCCUGACAUCGAAAGUAAACUGA